CCCGCAUGUUAGCGAGCCGAGGCCAUAUCCACCUCGACUUUCCAUUACAUAUCCGACGCCACGACACCUACAUCAACAAUUUUAGAGAUGACCUGCAUUCACAAUAUCGUCCGUUUUUUGCUUUACUUGGAAUGCUAGACAAUUCGAUUAAUGCAUUGAAAAACAGCGCAAUAAGCCCCGAAAAUCCUCCACCUGGCAAUUGCCGCUGCAAAGCUCCCUCGAGUACAUAUCGAAUUAGGGUCAGGCCAUAUCUUCACUGUAUUUCACGACUGGAUGCCGAACUAUGCUGUUAAGAUAUGCCAAGCUGCCGAAUCUGAUGAUGUUGAUAACUUCGUACUCCUCACGGACGUAAGAAACCCCAUAUACGGCACAUCGACAGUGUCUGAUUGGAAAAGCCGUAACCGAAAGCAAUGCGCUGCAUAUACCCGCCAGCCGAACGAUUAAAUGACCGUAUAUACACCCGCAGGCCUCAACAUCUAGGAACGCCCGCAUACAAUUUAAGCAACAGCAAGGUUUUUCUCCAAGACCUCAGGGGAGACACGUAUAUAUUCCCUGCGCCGCCCAAUCGAUUGUGCUGGUGGAGGCUCGUAUCCGGGUGCACUCAUCUACCGCUGACAUGGUAGCAAAUACAUCUUCACUUACAGGCUAUUUAAAGUGUACGAGCGAUGUUACUUCGAGCUCGUGAUGACGGUGCUGUACGCGUACACUUCGUUGAUCGCUUGCUCAACUAUGCCAUUCCUGGCCAAUACGGUAUAUGAAGAGAUGGAAAUUGCAUUUGCGCACUGGUACGCUGAGGAGUAACGUGGGUUCGGGGAUUUAUAUGACAAUUGUCUGGGUAGGACUUGCGGCAUCGACAGCCGUCCGCACGGCGCAAGCUGCUGUUACUGUCAACAGCACACUCUUGGUCCUCGCCCGCAAUGCAGCUGCUGCGUCCGACGGCACAGGCGUUUUACAGGGCUACGGAAUUCCAUACCAAGUCGUCGAUCUUUCAGUAGCGAGCUCAGGACUUCCCCAGUUGAAUGCGACACCCGACGCUGGAAAUUUCGGAGGUAUUGUGGCAGUCAGCUCACAGGGGUACACUAACGGAGAUGACUGGAACACGGCGCUGAGCGACAAGCAAUGGCAGGAUCUGUACCGAUACCAGGAGGCAUUCGCAGUGAGACUGGUUCGUCUCAAUGCUUGGCCCAGCGAGAAGGAGUAUGGGGUGCAAAGUGUUGGAGGCGCUGUCACUGCAGAUCAACCAAUUGCCAUCACGAAUGCGAAGGAAUUCGCCAGCGCGAAUCUUGUUGAAAAAGCUCAGAUGAGCACGCCGAACCUUAGUAAAUACCCAGCAAAGAUCACGAACACUACUCUCGCAACAGAGAUAGCGCAAUUCGGAAGUGGCACUUCAACAACGACUGCAGCCGUCAUCAACAAAUUCCCCAGUGGACGCGAGCAGCAAGUCUGGUUCACAACCUUCACUCUCGACCGAACCUCUACAACUCUCCUCUCGCACGCCUGGAUCCACUGGCUCACCCGGGGUCUCUACCUGGGAUUCCGCCGUGUCUACCUCAACACUCAAGUCGACGACGUCUUCGUCAUGACCGAGCUCUACCAGACUGGCAAAUCGUAUCGUUUUGGCGUCAACGACCUCAAAGACCACGUAACUUGGAUGGCCGAGGUGAAUUCCAAACUCCCCGCAGGCUCCUCGUACAUGAUCGAGCUAGGCCACAACGGUAAUGGCAACAUUGAAGAAGCCGUCGAGCACGACUACGACAACGAGCCCGCGCUUUGCGACCCACAAGAAGGUAUAGAAUACGAAGACCAAAUCGACGGACCGCCCGAAUACAUCAAACCCAUCGGCACAGGGAAGGACCUCUGGAACAAAAAGUUCCGCUCCUACACCUGGUCCACCCGCUGCUCCAACCUCGACCCCCUCUACGUCUACCUCUCCGCAACCGCCAACCGCGGAAACUACCUCCACGUCUCGCACACCUUCACGCACGAAGACGAAACCAACGCAACCCUCGCCGACGUCCGCAAGGAAAUCGCCUGGAACCAAGAAUGGUUCAAGCGCAUCGGCUUCAGCGACCCAUCCUUCUCCAACAACUUCUCUCCAAACGGUCUUAUACCCCCCGGAAUCACUGGUCUUCACAACGGCGAUGCAAUCCGCGCCUGGCUCGAAAACAACAUCACCUACGCCGUCGGCGAUAACUCCCGCCCGGUCCUCAUGGACGUCGCGUCCCGCAAAUCACCUUUCCACCCCAUCAUCACAAACGUCAAGGAAAACGGGUACGAUGGCGCUUACAUCAUCGGUCGAUAUGGUUCCUCAAUCUACUACAACUGCGACCUCCCGAAAUGCGUCAACGACGAGUGGAAAGCGAUUGCGGGCGGAACCGGCGAUUUCAACGCGCAGCUCGAGUACGAGAGAAGCGUGAACACUAAAUACCUCCUCGGCUUACGCUGGGAUCCGUAUAUGUUCCACCAAGCAAAUAUGCGGGUUAGCGAUACCAGCGCUGUUACGCUUUUGGGCAAGAACAAGAAGUGGAGUUUGUUGAUGGCGUGGACUGAGGCUGUCGUUUAUGAGGUCACUAGACUGACAACCUUCCCCAUAAUAACUCUCAAACACGACUCCGUAGCCCGCGCCAUCAUCGCCCGGAAAACGCGCGACGAGUGCUCGCCUUCACUGUCAUACACUCUAGCUACAGACCGCAAGAGUAUCACGGGCGUCAGUGUGUCUGCUGCGAAUAAGAGCUGUGCUGCGGAAAUCCCGGUUACGCUCCCAGGAGAUGUGGUGGAUGCAGGCGGGAGUAGGAAGGAGAAGGUUGGCGGCGAUCCUUUGACGGUUUGGGUGAAGUUGGCCGGUGGAGAGAAGGCGUUUGUGCUGGGAAGUGGGUUGAAAGUUGCAGAGAAUUGA